CCAAGCUUGAUAUGCCUUCAAAGAAAAAAGCAAGUAAACUCAAGGCAAACAAUAGAGGAUUUGCAACGUCUUCGAUCCCGAAAAAGAAAGAAGAGCCAGAUCCACCAAUUUCUGAAACUACCGAACCACUUGUAGCGGACGAUCUACCUGAUCGCGGAACUGAAGCUUCAGAAUCGUCAAUUCAACAAGAGAUCGACAAUGACGCAGAUAUGGAAGCUCCAGAUCAUUGGGAAGACAAGCUAAUCGAGAAGUAUAGAGUUAUUAACGCCAGGAAAAUUGAGUCUUAUUUCUCUCAGUCGUUCGGCAAGUUUUUUGGCCUAACACCAGAGGACGAAAUGGAUGUUCCGACGAUCAAGCUACCCGCUGAUAUCGAGCACUCGAUAUUAGCCAAAGUGAAGUCGAUGGAUAAUACCGAUCUUUUGGACAUGGACAAAAUUGUUCUAGCAAACGCGAGUGAAAUAGAGAGAGAACGACAAAUAUCUGCUUUGGAUCGGUUAUAUCUCAUGUUGCAAAAAAUCGGCUUCGAUUCAGAGGAUAUAGAGAUUGCAAUGUCCACGACAAAAGCAUCGAAGCUUACGGAUCUACUGGACUGGUUAUGCCUUACCUUACCAGACGAAAAGCUGCCAAUUGGAUUUAAGGACAAGACUUACUACGAAGACAAUAUGAGUUUGAGGGCGGAAGCUAUGACUGUUACGAGUAAUCCAAGUGAUCAUGCAAAUAAUGAUGAUACUCUUAAACCGCCGUCCCCUGUGCCUCAGACAAUCGACAACAUUACCAAGAACGACAAAAAAGAACCAGAAUCGGAUGGUAAUAUGAAGGAAUGGAUAUUGAAGGCAGCGCAAAGUUACGAUGAGGAUGAUGAAGUGCAUGUAAACGAACAAUAUGCUCAAGCUAGAUUAGAACUCUUGAUCCUUCAAAAAGAGGUAUCCGAAUGCAGCAAGAAGAGAGACGGUGAAAAAAUCGACCGAUUGAAAAAGGACAUUGUCGUAAAGAAGCAAGCCCUUCAGCAGCUGGAGUCUGACUGGGAUUACGACAAGAAGCAAGCAGAAUCUUCUUUUGUAGACAAAAAGCGCAAGUGGGAUGAAGAAUGUCGGGAAAAGUUUAUAGCCAAACAAAAAGCACAUCAGAAGAAUCAGGAAUCUUACAUAGACACCAACGUUACUGAGGAUGAGCUUGCGAAUGAAGAUAAUGAGGACGGACUACUUGGAUUAUUUGGUGACCAGGCUGAAGAUGACACAUCUGCUGGGACCGUAGUAUCCAAAACCCUGAACAUCCUCGAUGUAUCACCUCGAACCUCUCAUGGUCACAAGUGGUCUGGACUCUAUCCUAAGCAAAUUCUGAAUGAUCACUGUCGGAGCAUUGACACACAAAGCACGCAAACCUAUACAGUGGUGUCUCCGGCAACCAACCUAUUUCAUGCCAGUGUCAAAAUCCGGUUGAAAAAAACGGAAACUGUGUUCAGUAUGGAGGCUAAUUCCGUAGUAUCAUCAAAAGCAGAUGCGCAGGAAUAUGUUGCUACCAUUGCCUUGUACAGACUAACGGAGUUACCUCUGUAUCGAAGCUUACCGAGUCCGUACCGCGAACUGUGGCAAGAGUGGAAAGAACAAGACGAAUCUGAAAUGCGAGAAAAAUCCAUGGAAUUACAUCGGAAAAGAUUCAGGUUCAUCAUAGAUUUAAUCGAUCAUGCCGAAAUUUCAAAUGACAAGGUCCGGAAGUCAUCAGAUUCACUAGCACCUGCCCCAAACGACGAGCUUUUCGAUCCCAAAGUUCGAAGAACAGAUAUUCCCUAUUUAGCCACUGAGUACCAAAGGCGUAUUGCAACACCAACGUACGAAAAGAUGAAGGAAAAACGAUCCUCACUUCCAAUCUACUCUUUCCGAAACGAGAUCUUGGAGCUAGUGAAAGAUCAUCAAAUCGUCAUCGUCAGUGGCGAAACUGGAUGCGGUAAGAGUACUCAAGUCCCACAGUAUCUGGCAGAAGCGAUUCUUUCAUCCUCGGCUCAGCAUGGAAAUAUUGUCUGCACACAGCCUAGAAGGAUUUCUGCUAUCUCCAUUGCCCAAAGAGUAUCCCAAGAAAUGGGUGACAAGAAAGGUGCAGUAGGUAGUAAAGGGUCACUCGUGGGUUAUCAAAUUCGACUUGAAAGCAAGACAUCCGAUUCAAAUAUUCUUCAGUUUUGUACCACGGGUAUUCUACUGCGUCGUUUGGAGGGGGACAGUCGGCUUCAAGGAGUUACUCAUGUUGUGGUGGAUGAAGUGCACGAACGAUCGAUCGAAAGUGACUUUUUGCUCAUCAUAUUGCGACAUUUAUGCAAACUUCGACCUGAUAUUAAAAUUCUUCUUAUGAGUGCUACGGUAGAUGCCCAUAAGUUUUCAAGCUAUUUUGGAGGUUGUCCUGUAGUUCAAGUUCCUGGACGAACAUUCCCAGUUGAAGUCAGGUUUAUGGAAGACAUCGUAGAGGAAACUGGGUACUUCUUAGAAGAGGACUCACCUUUUGCCAAGCGACUGCAAAGGAUACAGAAAGACGUCGGAAGCGUUAAUGUGUCCGGCAAAGGCGGGAACUCGCACAAGAUCAGGCUACAAUGGUUUGAAGAAGAUCAAAAUGAUGAUCCGUACAAUCCAGAAGAAUACGAUCAUGAUGCUCAAUUGGACGACGAUGACAAUAUUCAAACUACUUAUAGCAAGUCAACAAAGCUAGCUAUACGACGCAUGGAUGAAAACAAGAUCAAUUACGAGCUCAUUACAAUACUAUUAGAAUACAUCGUUGCACCACCAUCUGAAGAAAUGGAUAGUGAUAUUCCAACAGAUGGAGCUAUCUUGAUCUUUUUGCCGGGUAUGCCUGAAAUCAGAAAACUAUAUGACUUGCUGGCAGACCAUCAGCAAUUCUCAAAUACCAAUCAGUUCAUUCUUAUCCCACUACACUCUCUCAUAUCCACCGAGAAUCAAGAAAAAGUGUUUGACCUCCCCCCUCCUGGUAUGCGAAAAAUCAUUUUGUCAACCAAUAUUGCAGAAACUGGCGUUACAAUCGAAGAUGUGACUGUGGUCAUUGACACUGGAAUGGUUAAAGAAGUCAGACUGGAUGAUAAGAAGCGAAUAACCAGCCUGCAGCAGACCUUUGUUUCCAAGGCAAAUGCAAAGCAGCGACGAGGUCGUGCUGGUCGUGUUCGAAGCGGCAUUUGUUUUCAUCUGUUCACUAAAGAACGUUUUGAGACCAAGAUGGCAGAUCACCAAAGCCCUGAAAUUGUAAGGUUGCCUCUGGAAGAGCUUUGUCUCCGGAUCAAGGCAUGUGGCCUAGGCGAUAUCCACGAUUUUCUUUCGCAGGCAUUGGACGCACCUGGAAGCAAGGCGAUCGACAAUGCCAUAUACUCAUUACAGGAGGUGCAAGCCCUUAGCGAGGAUGGCCAUCAAAACCUCACCCCACUUGGACGACAUUUGAGCAAUCUACCAGUAGAUGUUCAUAUUGGAAAAAUGUUACUAUAUGGAGCCAUGUUCCAAUGUUUGGAUCCUAUUUUAACAAUUGCCGCCGCUAUGAGCUUCAAGUCGCCAUUUGUCCGGCCAUUUGGUAAAGAGGAUGAAGCAGAUAAAGCUCGAGAAGGAUUCAAGAAAGACGACUCUGACCUUGCAACAAUAUACAAUGCCUAUGUCGCUUGGCGUAGCCGCUUCAGUGGAAAGAUUCUUCCAGGUGGCUACCGUGCUGCCAAAGAAUACUGCAAAAUUCAUUAUCUCAGUUUUCAAAAUUUGGAAAUGAUCGAAGACAUGAAAAAACAGUUCCUGGGACUCCUAGUCAGUAUUGGCUUUGUGCAGAUGGAUCAGCAAGAAUUAGCGUCCGACAUCAACACCUAUAGGCUAAAGCGGUCGGAGCGGUUCUGUCAGGUUCCUGCCAAAUAUAACAUGCACGGUGACACUAUGGCGGUGGUAAACGCAGCCAUUGCUGCCGCUCUUUAUCCCAAAUUCGCCUUCAAUGCCAAGCAUACAAAGAAGCUCGUGUAUGGUGUUAAGAAUGAUGUGGUUCACGUCCAUCCAUCAUCCAUUCUUUUCCGAAGUUCUAACAGGAUUCAGAGCAAUUUUGUGAUGUUUAACACCAUCACUCACAGUGACAGGACAUACCUCUGGGAUGUUGCAGCCUUGGAUGACGUUGCAGUACUUCUGUUUGGAGGCAGCAUGGAUAUUCUGCAUGAACAAAAGCGUGUUUUGCUCAACCAGUGGAUCAAAUUGAAGUGUCAUGCUAAGACGGCCGUCAUCUUCAAAUUCUUAAGGCACCAUUUGAACUCUUUGCUCAAAGCCAAAAUUCAUCAACCUCAGCUGGACCUGGAUGAUUUAAACCCCGGUAUUAUGGAGCUCACGAUCCAAAUGCUUCAAAUGCCCCGAGUCAAAUAAUAUGGGCGAUCCACCGCCUGAAAAGUCAAUGCUACACGUGCCAUACGAAUAACCGGGACUUGAUUGUCAAAAAACAUGGAAGACAGGUCAAUAAUAAAGCGGAUACUUAUCACUCGCAUUUUCGUCUGGUUGGUUAGGUCAUGGACAGUAUCUCAAUUCCCAUUCUAUUCACUAUGUCUAGAAGUCUACUUUGGAAACAUAUCACCAUAACGAGAUAUUUGGUAAUUUCCUUUGUGAAUCGUUAGCCUCAAUUUGAGA